GCGGCCGCCUCGUCGGGGCAGCGCGCGGGCGGCUACGCGCUCGGCGACUACGGCGCGGCCGCCAACGCGGGCUACCUGUGGGGCAUGAACAGCCCCCCCGCCUACCUGCAGGGCCCCCCCGGCGCCGCCGCCGCCACCUUCCUGCCGCCGGGCUCGUACGGCUGCGCGCGGGGCGGGCAGCUCGUGGGGUCCCCCCCCGCGCCCGGGUCGCCGUCGUCGGGCGGCGCCGAGCUGAGCUGGCUGAGCCUGGCGAGCCAGGAGGAGCUGCUGAAGCUGGUGCGGCCGCCCUACUCCUACUCGGCGCUCAUCGCCAUGGCCAUCCAGAGCGCGCCCGAGCGCAAGCUCACGCUCAGCCACAUCUACCAGUACGUGGCCGAGAACUUCCCCUUCUACAAGCGCAGCAAGGCGGGCUGGCAGAACUCCAUCCGCCACAACCUCAGCCUCAACGACUGCUUCCGCAAGGUGCCCCGCGACGAGGAUGACCCUGGGAAGGGAAACUACUGGACCUUAGACCCCAACUGCGAGAAGAUGUUUGACAACGGGAACUUCCGCCGCAAGCGCAAGCGGCGCUCGGAGCCCAACGCGCCCGCUCCCGCGGCCUCCUCCCUCGGCGGCCUCAAGGCCGAGGAGGAGCGGCCCAUGGCGGGCAAGCCGUGCGGGAGCAGCCCGCCGCCCGAGCUGGAGCCGUCGCCCUCGGCCAGGGACCACCCCAAGACCUCCUCUCCCUCUGGCAUCAUUUCAUCGACGCCCAGCUGCCUCAGCACCUUCUUCAGCGGCAUGAGCUCCCUGAGCRGCGGGGGCGGCCGCCUGGCUGCGGGGCUGCCCGGGGACCUGCACCACAGGAACUUCUCCGCGGGGCAGCUGGGCAGCGGCACCUUCAGCGCUUCCAGUGCCUCUUCCCAGGAGGUGCCCUCGCCCGAGCAGCUGCAGCGCGUGCCGGGACCUUCGCCCGCCUACUACAGCUCCUUCCACCCCAGCAGCAGCAGCCAGGGAGCCCAGUACAACCACUACUACAACUUCACCGUUAACAGCCUCAUCUACACCCGGGACGGCACGGAGGUGUAG